UCAAUGGUUUUAGGCUAGGUUUCCACACAGGUUUUCUUCUGGCAUUUCUUGGAAAACUGUAAAUGCAGUUUUAAGCCAAAAGUCAGAAGUGGAUCCAGUAUAAAGGAGACAAAUAGUAUAAGUCCUUCCUUUAUAAGCCUAAGGGUUUAUUUUUGGACUUUUUCCUCUGCCUGAGCUUCUUAGCAACUAAUGGCCGUAACUUCCUACCUGCUGUAAUGAGCAGACGUACAGUGACAAGUCUCCUCCCCGCCAGGUACUACGGCACUCAUAGACACUUGUCUUCAUCAUGCCCACCCAGUUGGAAGGUGCCAUGGAUACCAUGAUCCGAAUCUUUCACCAUUAUUCCGGCAAAGAAGGUGACAAGUACAAGCUGAACAAAGGAGAACUGAAGCAACUAUUGCAGAGUGAACUGACGGACUUCCUUGCUUGUCAAAAAGAUCCACAACUGGUCGACAAGAUCAUGAACGAUCUGGACUCCAACAAAGACAACGAAGUUGACUUCAAUGAAUUCGUAGUGCUGGUGGCGGCCCUGACCGUGGCGUGUAAUGACUUCUUUGAAGAGCAGCUCAGGAAAAAGGGAAAAUAAUGAUGGUUCGGGCGUCACUGCAAUGAAUCCCGCAGGCAGCGACUGUCAAAGUGUACCAUAGAAAAGUAUCAGCAUUAUGGAUAUGCCAUGUCAAUAACUGUUACAUAAUAAAUACUGGA